UUUUUAUCUGUGUUCUAGGGCUCCUGUCGGCUGUCGAUCCUCGAAAUCGAAGGACAAGAUUUGGGUUUGCGUUUGUGAGAUUAGCUUCAGUUUCAUCAGGAGCAGCGCCGAAAAGAUUACAAUGCCAGUUAGGGUUAGGGUUUUUUCUGCUGUGCAAUCGUAUGGCUUCUUCUGUCUCCCAUGUCACUUCUGAACCAUCACAAAAGUCUUAUGGACAACCAGGAAAGGGGCUGAACAUCCGUGACUUGUUGAGCGAUGAACAGAUAGCCUUGUACCGUGAAGCGGUUCUCGUAAGAGGGUAUGAUUUUCCAAAAUAUCACCCCCACAAGAAUUCAGAUUCGGUCAUUGGUUACUGUCGUUCAUCAAUUCAGCAGUACAAUAAAAUGAAUGGGACAAAUUAUGAGUUUGUGAGAGCUGCGGAGGCAAACAUUGUGGGUGUUAAUUUCAUCUUGUGCCUUACUUUUGAGGCGAAGGAUAAGGAUGAUGCUGAUGGUCAGUCUAAUAUUUUUCGUGCUAAUGUGUUCGAGAAAAAGCAACCAAUCCGCGUGGUGAAGACUCAUGAGGCGAUUGAAGAUGUAUUCAUGUAGUAGUGUGAGUUGGUAUUUAUUUCCAUUUGGAUGAAGUGGGGCUGUAAACUUCAUAAUUGUGGCUUUAGAACAUUGGAUAACACACACACACACACACACACACACUAUAAGGUGGUUUGUGAGCUUCCUAAAAGCUAUGUGUUGACAAUUAAUAAUGGUGGUACUCAUGUCUCCCUUGUGAGAUUAUGCAUAUUACUUGGAAUUUUUUUUGUUUUUAUUUUUUGUAACAAUAUGGCUAGAAGUUAUGGGUGCAUGUAAAUUGAAUAUGAUCAAUUUUUGGAUAUGAAGUGAAUUCACAGCUUGGUUCU